CUUUCCGGGGGAAGCGGCGGGCGGGGCGGUGUGGCGGCCAUGGCGCGGCGGGAGCAGGCGGCGGAGGCCGUGGAGCGGCUGCCGGGGGUGACGCGGGAGCGCUUCCAGCGGGACAUCUACCCGCGGAGAAAGCCAGUAGUGCUGACAGGACUGGAACUGGGCACUUGCACCACCAAAUGGACAACAGAUUACCUGAGCCAAUCUGAAGGAUCUAAAGAAGUAAAGAUUCAUGUUUCUGCAGUGCCACAGAUGAAUUUCCUCAGUAAGAACUUUGUGUAUAGAACUCUGCCUUUUGAUGUAUUUGUACGAAGAGCAGCUGAAGUCAAGCACAAGGAGUACUUUCUUACUGAGGAUGAAAAGUACUAUUUGCGAUCAGUGGGUGAAGAUGUAAGGAAGGAUAUUGCAGAUAUCAGGAAGCAGUUUCCUGUUUUAGCAGAAGAUGUUCAUAUUCCAGAGUAUUUUGAGAAGGAACAGUUCUUCUCCAGUGUCUUCCGCAUCAGCUCAGCUGGAUUGCAGCUAUGGACACAUUAUGAUGUAAUGGACAACUUCUUAAUCCAAGUCACAGGGAGAAAACGAGUUGUUUUGUACAGCCCUCGAGAUGCACCGUAUUUAUAUUUAUCAGGUACUAAAUCAGAGGUGCUGGAUGUGGAUAACCCAGACUUGGAGAAAUAUCCCCUUUUUGUGAAAGCCAAGCGCUAUCAAUGUGUUUUGGAAGCAGGAGAUGUGUUAUUUAUUCCAGCUUUGUGGUUCCAUAAUGUAAUUUCUGAGGAAUUUGGAGUGGCACUGAAUGUCUUUUGGAAGCACCUUCCUGCUGAGUCCUAUGAUAAGACUGACACUUAUGGAAAUAAAGAUCCCAUGGCAGCCUCUAGAGCAAUACAGAUCUUGGACAGAGCCUUGAAAACACUUGAAGAACUACCUGAGGAAUACAGGGAUUUCUACGCUCGGAGAAUGGUGUUACGUAUCCAAGAAAAAGCUUAUAGGAAUGAUUAUGGAUAAAGUAACAAUGUAACUCAGCAAGGUCCCUUGCAAGUAGAAAAUUGUAUGUUAGUAUGAAAACUGUCCAUAUGUACUUACGUACACUUUCUGUGAGACCAAUAAAAACUGUCAAUAAACAUUCAUCUAUAACAAA